GAUUCUGACAACCCAGACCUUCGGGAUCGUGGCUACAUCUACUGGCGCCUUCUUUCCACGGAUCCAGUGACUGCCAAAGAAGUAGUCCUCUCGGAAAAGCCACUUAUUUCUGAAGAGACUGAUCUGAUUGAACCGACUCUGCUAGAUGAGUUGAUCUGCCAUAUUGGGUCUCUGGCUUCUGUGUACCACAAGCCACCCAACGCUUUUGUGGAGGGAAGCCAUGGGAUCCACCGCAAACACUUGCCGAUUCACCAUGGAAGCACUGAUGCAGGCGAUAGCCCUGUGGGCACAACAGCCACUACGAACCUGGAGCAGCCGCAGGUCAUUCCAUCGCAGGGUGACCUUCUGGGUGACCUUCUCAACCUGGACCUAGGACCCCCAGUGAAUGUUCCCCAAGUGUCCUCCAUGCAGAUGGGUGCUGUGGACCUCCUGGGAGGAGGGCUGGACAGCUUGGUGGGGCAGACCUACAUUCCCUCCUCUGUGCCAGCCACCUUUGCCCCUUCACCCACCCCAGCGGUGGUGAGCAGUGGACUCAACGAUCUCUUUGAACUCUCAUCUGGUAUAGGCAUGGCUCCUGGAGGAUACGUGGCUCCGAAGUCUGUUUGGUUGCCUGCAGUGAAGGCUAAAGGAUUGGAGAUCUCGGGAACGUUCAGUCACAGGCAGGGACACAUCUACAUGGAGAUGAACUUUACCAAUAAGGCUUUGCAGCACAUGACCGACUUUGCCAUUCAGUUCAAUAAGAACAGCUUUGGUGUUAUCCCAAGCACCCCGUUGGCCAUUCACACACCUCUGAUGCCAAACCAAAGUAUUGAUGUCUCCCUGCCCCUCAACACUCUGGGACCAGUCAUGAAAAUGGAGCCUCUGAACAACCUCCAGGUGGCUGUGAAAAACAACAUCGAUGUCUUUUACUUCAGCUGCCUAAUUCCUCUCAAUGUGCUUUUUGUAGAGGAUGGCAAAAUGGAGCGCCAGGUCUUCCUUGCAACAUGGAAAGAUAUUCCAAAUGAAAACGAGCUUCAAUUCCAGAUUAAAGACUGUCACCUGAAUGCCGACACUGUCUCUAGCAAACUGCAGAACAACAAUGUCUACACCAUUGCCAAGAGGAACGUGGAGGGCCAGGACAUGCUCUACCAGUCUCUGAAACUCACCAAUGGCAUCUGGAUCUUGGCUGAGCUUCGCAUUCAGCCAGGGAACCCGAACUACACGCUCUCCCUGAAAUGCCGAGCUCCCGAAGUGUCCCAGUACAUCUACCAGGCCUACGAUGCCAUCUUGAAAAACUAACAGGAGAUCAGCCUGUGCCUCACCCUGCAGAAGGAGGAGGGAGAAAGGGGUCCCCAGAUCCUCCUUCACCACUGGCACGGGGAAAAGCACUCUUAACUGGAAGCAGCUGUAUUCAUGUGUAGGAUUUCAGUCAAAGGCACUGAUUAAACAAGGUAGCAAUUAGUAUCCACGUGCUAAUGAUGAUAGGGAACAAACCCCUUUGAUAUUUUUAGCGUCCAUGGAGUUUGUAACCACUGCUUCAACUACUCCACGUCCCCCUCGCCCCUCACACAUUGUCCGUUCUUGUGGGCUUUUCCAUUUUGUGCCGAUGUUCAGUGUUUUCUAAAUGGCUUUAGGCGUAGUUACGAUUUUGUAAAAUACCGCUCAUUAAAAAAAACAAAAAAAAACACAACAAAAAAACCAAGCAAAAACCACACGUCGGCUCAUUAAAACAAGGCAAAAGUGUCGAAAA